AUGGUGCAGCGGCUCACAUACAGGACUCGCCAUAGCUAUGCCACCAAAUCCAAUCAGCAUCGUGUUGUCAAAACUCCAGGAGGGAAGCUAGUGUAUCAGAGUACGAGAAAGAGGGCUAGCGGCCCUAAAUGCCCAAUUACUGGGAAGAGAAUCCAAGGGAUACCUCACUUGAGACCUGCUGAGUACAAGAGGUCAAGAUUACCAAGGAACAGAAGGACUGUGAACCGUCCUUAUGGUGGAGUCUUAUCCGGCAGUGCUGUAAGGGAAAGGAUAAUUAGAGCUUUCUUGGUGGAAGAACAAAAGAUUGUGAAGAAAGUCUUGAAGAUACAGAAAGCAAAGGAGAAGCUUGCUUCCAAGAGCUGA